UGAAGCAGCUACGACAGUGACUUUACCCGAUCACGGGGCGUAACAGAACUUCGAGCUCCGCAGACGGGUCUUGUUGUUCUGGUAAUACUCUCGCAAAAGAACAACAGUCCACCAGUCGCCAUGUCUGCCAAGAGCGCCUCACCGUCAUGAGCCUUGGCCAGUUUUCAGCUUGGGAAUUUAUCGUGAAUUCACCAAAGAUAGCCAGAAGGAGAGUAUAAGACUGCAUGUUACAUCGUGAAUCUGUAAUCAACAGUCCAAAACCACCUUCCUACUCUCAAUCAACAUGCCUCUCUCCAAUGAGCCUGUCAAAGUCACCGGUGGCUGCUCCUGCGGCGCCGUCCGCUAUCGUAUCAACGUCCCUGCACUGGAAGACCGUCCAUUGAACCCUUUCGCGCCUGCAGCCUUGGGUAUCAAACUCCCUGUCGCCAUGACGUGCCACUGCAAUGACUGCCGUAGAUCGAGCGGCUCGUUCCUUGCAGUUGGCGUACUUGACAUCCCAGCGCCGAUGCUCACCGUCUCCGCUAUGUCACCCUCAUCUGAAUCAAAUAUCGUUUCUGGUCGUAUUCUAGAUGUCCUUGCAGAUGGCUAUGACGCUGCGGAAGCAGAUGCGGACCGUCCUCCAUACAUCUCAGCCAUGGAUGUCCUCCGCGCAACAGGCGAGACCAAAACCUGGUUGCGCUUCUUCCACUCCGUCAAAUGCAGUUCUGAUGUAUCCCGCAGCUUCUGUGGUCGUUGCGGAACGCAGCUAUGCUUCCAUUUUAAACUGGAGCCAGAAUACUGCGCUGAUGGGAAAUUACCUGAUGGUUGGCGGGAUACUUUUCAUUUGGAACUUGGAACUCUGGAUCGCGAAUUUCUCGAGAAGGAUUGGUUCAACCCUGGUAGUGAAGGGAUGUUCAAGUAUGGAACACCUCUGAGUCGAAGUGUUUCCGCGACGGCGAAGGGAUUGAAGGAACUGCCUAAGAUGCAGGAGUUUGAUGGCCAGGUUACUGAGGAGGAGUUGGCAACUUUAAGGUCUCAGUAGGGUGGUGAAAUGGUUCCAUUCAUCUUGCCUGUAAGAUUUACCUUUCCAUAAGGCCAUACUUAUGCCAAGCACAGUGACACAAGAGCUGAUAGAUUGAGAU